AUGUCAUUUUCAAUAACGGGGACACAUGCAGAUGCGAUGGAGGAGAUGAUGCAAAAGGCAACGGCGCAGGAUAUUAGCCCAGCCAAUAACCUGGGGAGCUUCGUGACAACAAGCCAGGACAGCGCAGCCACUCGACUUAUGGCACUCAACUCAGACAAACAUCACGCUUGUGUUGGAGAAUAUACGUCAAUUGCCAACUUCCAUCAAGACUGUGUUUCGAUGCUCGCGGAUCUAUACUUUGACAUCGAGGUGAGAGUGAUUCCAGUGAAUGAGGAUACUGGCGUAUUCCUAAAACUUGGGAGUAUCUACACCGGCCAUUAUGACCCAGUGAAGGUGGCAGCCUGUCUGGAUGGAUAUGAAGCUCGCACUGGAUACAAUAUCCCGAUUCAUGUCGACGCAGCCAGCAGGGGAUUUGUAGCCCCGUUUACGCACGGGAAUACUGUCGACUGGGAUUUUAAUUUGCCACGAGUACGGUCUAUCAACGACGCCGGUCAUAAAUUCGGACUGGCCACAUGCGCCGUCGGAUGGGUGGUCUGGCGGGAUCGUUCCUUUGUGCCAGAGAGCCUUAUUCUUGAGCCAGACUACCUUCGUUGGACGCAGCUGGCAUUUACCCUCAGCUUCUCGCGACCGAAUGCUCCCGUGGCUGUUCAGUACUAUCAUCUCCGUCGGCUGGGAAGAGACGGAUACCAGAAGGCCAUAUAUACGUUGCUGUCUACAGCUCGGGAGCUGAGCUUUCGCCUUGAAGACACCGGAUACUAUCGUUGCAUAAGCGAUAUCCAUAGGUAUGUGUCCGGCCAACCUCUUUUGAGUGCCCUGCAGCAAUCGGAGCCAGGGAAGAACAUUCGAAUCCCUUGUCAUCACCACUGCGACUCGUUUGAAUCAGGGCUACCUGUAGAGGUGUUUACUUUCUCCGAUGCCUUUAAACAAAGAUGUCACUGGGCCAGUUUAUCCCACGUGAGUGACAAGAUGCAUGAUAGGAAGUUUGAAUUCCACGUAAGUCUGUGCUCUGUCCACUCACACCUGCUGAUCGCUGUAGAUUAUGAGUUGAAUGGACGGGGAAAGAACGGUCAGAACAUUGAUGUGCUCCGAAUCGUUGUACGCUCAUCUGCAAUCGAUGAGAUGAUGGAGAAGAUCGUGGCAGAGUUGGUUGACGUUGUCGAGGAGUUGGAGAGUGUUGGAGACCAUGUGACUGUCUGA